GUGGAGCGGAGCGGGGCGGGAGCUGCGUUGCCGGUGUGCGGAGCCGCCGAUCGGGGCCUGGAGCCAUGGCCGAGCACAUGAUGAUGUCCAUGAGCCACGGUGGCACCGGGCUGCAGAGCUACCGCAUGGGGGUGAGCGGGCUGCAGGGACCCCCGCAGCACGGGCAGCAUGUGCUGAGGACGCUGCCUGCCGCCGGCCAGAUGAUGCCCUACGGAGGGGCUGGCAUGGAUGGUGCGAUGCGGCCGAGGCCCAGCCUCAGCGGACAGCUGGGCCACCACCAGCUGCAGAACGCGAUGAUGUUCAGCGGCCCGGGUCAGCAGCAGCAGUACAUGGGGCCGCUGGGCACCCAGCAGCUAAUGGCCAGCAUGCACCUACAAAAACUGAACACCCAGUACCAAGGGCACCCACUGGGCAUGAGCAAUGGGCCCAUGGCAGCUGGAGCCCAGCAGUACAGAGUGGGACCAAACCAGCACCCGGGCAUGCAGCACAUGCCUUCACCGGCACUGACCUUGAACGUUAUGGACACUGAUCUCAUAGACGAGGAGGUCUUGACAUCCCUUGUCCUGGAACUGGGGCUGGACCGGAUUCAGGAGCUGCCGGAGCUAUUCUUGGGACAGAACGAGUUCGACUUCAUUUCAGACUUUGUUAGCAAACAGCAGCCCAGUGCCAUCAGCUGUUGAGGGGCUUUGAGCUCCUCCUUGCGUCUUGGUGGUUUUGAGUUUGUUUCCAACUUCCUCCUCCACCUACCACCCUCCUCCCUUCCCCUGCUUUGCCCUGCCCUGGAUUCCUGACCUCCCCCAAAGGACAAUCAUCGGACACUGGCUUGCAAUGGAUUUCCUUUCUCUUCCGUGUGUUAUUUGCAGCGUGGGAGCUCCCGGGGAGGGUGUGUGUACCCCGAACAGAGCGCGGAUCAGGAGCUCCUGCCGUAGAGCUGCCUCUAAGUGGCAUUAACAGGAUUUCUGGCUUAAGCAGGAGCGAUGGACUUACGACUUUCCAGAGCUGGGCUUUGACAGCAGGAAGCGAUGGGCAGCUUGGCGGCCCUGCCGGUCGCUGGAUUUGCUGGAGGAUUCCGUGUUCCAGUCAAGUUGAAGCAUCCCCCGAGAGAGGAUUGCUCCCUGGUGCAUGGUUUGAAACAGUUUCCCUUUGCAGACCUGGGAAGGGUUAGAUAUUUGCUGGGACCUUUUUACUGUGGCAGUGAAGAGGUCCCGGGUCCGGUCCGUUCAGCUCGGAGAGGGACCCUUCUCCAGCAGGCUGUUCUGUUCCUUUUCCAGCAGGCCGAGCGAAAUAAAGUAUGCCCUGGGCAGGGGUGUGCUGCAUCCCUGUGCAGCUCCGGGUCUGGCCUCCAACCUGUGCAGCUCACCACCUGCAACAUUUACAAAGUGUUCCGAGUUCAGUUCGGGUAUAAAGCUUAAAGCUGCAGUCUAGCUCCACUCUUUUGCCACCUCUGAAACCAAAUAAAGACCAUGUAACUGUAUAUUCCAGAUCGAAUCCUAUUUAUUUUCCUACAGUUAUUUAUUUGCAAGGGCCCCUUCAGUUAUUUGGCUUUGGGAGUGUUGGGAAGGAUGCCUGGAGAGUACUGCAGCUUUAAGAUGCUGGAUUCGGGGGCGGGUGGGGGGAGGCAACCCUGGGAUAGUUUUCAAGCUGUUGUGCAGAUAGCCACUUCGGCCCGGAUCUUCGUGCUGAAUUUGCAGGACUGUACACCCAACACCUUUCCGAAUGUGAUAACGGGGACUCGGUUUCGAACUCCUUUGCCCGGAGAAGGUUAAAUGUAAAAGCUUGGUGGGGUUUUGUUUCCUCUGCCGUCUCUUGUUUCCAGGCUCUGGGGAAAGCUCCUGGUAACUCUGAGCUCCUGCUGCCCCCUGGUGCUGCCAGCUCCUGGCUGCUGUCACUCCCCAGCCCGGUGGGAAUGGACCCAUGGAUUUGCAAAUAAAAGCUGAAAUCUC